GCAUCGUUCUAUGCGUUUAUAAAUCCUUUCAUCAAAAACUAGAAAUGAAUUUGUAAGUUUUGUGAAGGAAUAGAAAACAUACUGUGCAGCAUAAAGGUGCGCGACCGAUAACGACCUAUUCGUGAUAUGUGAUACCUUAUCAUUUGGAAGCUUUGAAUACGAUAAACUGGCCUAUUUUGGAGAGAUGAACUUAGCGACAUUUAUAUGGUGCGAUUUCAUGCUCUCUCUCUCUCGUUCACAAAUCGGCCAUAAAAGUGAACAUUUAAUACAGAUGUGGCGCAUGGUGAAACUCGUUCGACAAUCUAUUUCCGUCGAAAUCGUCAUCAAUCUCACUAUGAUUUAGUUCGACAUGUGGAAUAAACAAUCAUCGUCAGUUUGCCUUCACGUUAGAGCAGUGCAAGUGGAGCGACAAACGUCUGCGUCAUAAGUUCGACAAUGCUGUCGCCAGAUUGAUCGUAAAUCUGUUCAAGACUUCUCGGCUCAUCAUGGAGAAUGUAACUAAAAUCUACCAUUCUUCAAAAAACUAUGUGUUCAAAUACAUUUUAGCGCUUAUAUGGACCAGCUUCAAUUUCUUCAUUUUCUGUAAAGCAUUCAGCAACUAUCACCAAGAUGCUGCAUACUUUUACCUUAGUCGAAUCCUUGGGAACGGGUUAUGCGUAUCACGCGGUACUGCGCCCGUUCUGAAUGUGACGAUGGCCAUAAUAACACUACCAACUAGUAGAUCGUUCAACUUACUGUUGCACAAAAUAUUCGGAAAAUGCUCACAGCGCUUGUUGGUGCACUAUCUUGAGAAGGUGAAGGUAUUGCAUUUGCUGCUGGGAGUCUCGCUAAUCAUUGUGGCAAUCAUUCACAGUGUAGCACAUGUCGUUAACAUUAUCAAUUUUGUCGGCAAUUACGAUGAGCGCUAUCGAGAGAUUAACUGGGCUAACGGUCCAGAUGACAGUGUGUUCCGUUUGUUGUUCACAACUCCUACGGGAUUUUCUGGAUGCAUCAUGCUGGUCACUUUAAUAGCAAUAGCAUGCUUUGCCCAGCGAUCGAUUCGCGAUCGGUUCUACAACAGAUUCUUUGUCUCGCAUCACCUGUUUCUUCUCUUCUACGGAAUGAUGUUUUACCAUCCGUUGAGCAACAUCAUUAAACAACAAAUCAAUAUAGACAAGCAUAAGAUAAUGUGCGACUCAGUAGAUAAUGUGACGCUGCACAGCAAUGAUGAUCUCAUGGUACUGUGUGCCGAACCUGCCAGAUUUGCUGCUCCUGUGAAGCAUGCCUGGAUCUGGCCAUUGAUCGGUUUGCUGAUCUAUCUAGUCGACAUUAGCUACCGUCAUCUUACAUCCCACUCUCGACGAUAUCGUGUCAUCACCGAGCAAUGCUACGCAAUGACCGGACAGGCUGUGCAUCUUCGCUUGCAGUUCCUUCGGAAAUCCAAGAUUAAAGUCUUGCCCGGACAGUACGUUCUGCUUCAGUGCCCCCUGAUAUCGACACUCGAGUGGCAUCCAUUUACGAUAACGGAGAUUCCGACCGACAGCAACAAUAAUUUAACGCUCACGAUCAAAGCGAGGGGAGACUGGACGGAAGAAUUGUACGAAAGGGUUGUUCAACGAGAGCAAUUCCGGCGAAAUCUCGGUGGCGUAGAUCCAUACCGACGCAUGGAAUUCCUGCUCGACGGACCCUACCCAUCGGUUAUGAGCACAAUGAUGGAUUACAAGCGUAUAUUGUUUAUCGGGGCUGGUGUUGGUAUUACACCGUUUGUGACGAUCAUGAAGCUUCUUUUGAGGUCCAAUGUAGAAUCUCCUGCACGAAUACAUCUUAUCUGGAUAGCGCGCAAUUUGGAAACGUUCCUAUGGUUUACUGACGAAAUUGCUCGAUUGCAAGAGAAGUACUGGGCACAAAAUAAACCGGAUCGCUUUCGAGUGAAACUGCACUGGACGCAGAAUUACGAUGAGAUGCUUGUAGAGGAGUGCUUUGGCGAUAUGUUGGCAAUCAAAUCACGCAUGCAUCGUGGCAGACCGAAUUGGAAUGACGUGUUUCUUGAUUUGGUGACACUUUAUCCCAAGAAGCUCGUUUCCGUGUUUAGCUGUGGACCAAAGGAAUUGACCAAAGAGAUAAGAGCAAAGUGCAAGGAAUACAGUCGGCAUGGAUGCACCCUGAAUUACUUCCACGAAGGGUUCGGAUAGGGGAGUCUUGGCAGCCCGUUAUAUUGGUGAGCUCAAAACAAACGAGUCUGACACGUGUUCUGGUAUAGCAUAAAAAUAGAUGGUACAACUUAUCCCGAUCGCUUGAUCCUGGUCCAAGAACAAUCCUUCCUGGC